CUAUGGUACGCAGUAUCUGUGGAUUUGACAUUUGUCAUUUGCCACUGUCUCGAUUGUCACCAAAUCCACAAUCGAAAACAAAAAUCGCUUCAUCAAGGAAAAUUUUGAAAAUAGAAAGAUGUGGGCUGAUACAUUACUUAUUGUGUUCAUUUCAAUCUGCACAGCUUUGCUUGGAGAAGGAUUAACGUGGUUGAUGGUGUACCGUACAGAAAAAUAUCAAAAAUUGAAAGCGGAAGUGGAGAAACAGAGCAAGAAAUUGGAAAAACGUAAGGAAACCCACGGAGAUUCCUUAGAUAAACAACAUAAAAAGAAAAUAGAACGAGAAGAGGAGAGGUUGAAAAACAAUAAUAGAGAUCUGUCUUUUGUAAAAAUGAAGUCGAUGUUUGCUAUUGGUUUUGCAUUUACAGCGUUAUUGAGCAUGUUCAAUAGCAUCUUCGACGGAAGAGUUGUCGCAAGGCUACCAUUCUUGCCUUUAACGUGGAUACAAGGACUGAGCCACAGAAACUUACCUGGCGAAGAUUACUAUGACUGUUCCUUUAUAUUUCUGUAUAUCUUGUGCACAAUGUCAAUUAGGCAAAAUAUCCAGAAACUGCUAGGGUUUGCUCCGUCAAGAGCUGCUUCUAAACAAGGGAACAGUUUAUUCGGACCAACUCCAGGACAAUUUAAAUGAAGGGUAGUCAAGUUUCUUGUAUAGGCAAUUUUUUAAUGGUAGUAAAUUUACUAUCAUCCUUUUUGAUAAGAGCAAAGUCUGGUAUAGUGCAAGUCUGUACCAUGCAAAAUGUGAAGAAUGUUAAUAAAAUGUAAAAAUUA